CCAAGCACGAAAUCUCGAGCUCAUGGAGCAGAAUCUGAACGUCCUGAAUACGUCUCCAAAUAUGACUCUCAUUCACAUAGGUAAGUUACUUGGCUCUCUGCCCUACGUUAUACUUAUUAAAACAUAUCAGUUCUGGGCAAGUGUAAACCCGAUAUAACCCAAGAACAGAAGAAUGAGGUCGUGCGAGAGAUCAAGUCUCUCAAAGUUCAGCCAUCUGUGAAAGAUGGUCGCCUGAUGGGUGGCCCUUCGUUGUCAACCCCCGAGGAAAGGAACAAGGGUUACGAAUUCGCCUUCGUUAGUUAUCACGAGAACCUGGUGGCGUUGGAGGAUUACCAGUCGACCAAAGAAUAUCACCGGUAUGAGUAUGUUCAUUAUUACGCCAACGCCAGCUAA